GCGCCGCGGCCGCUUCCGCCGGGCGGGGCCGGGCCGCGCGCGGCCAUGGAGCAGCGGCACAGCGGCUUCAGGAAGGAGACCGUGGACCGGCUGCUCCGCCUCCACCUCCGGGACGGGAGGAUCCGAGUUAACGGCGAGGCGCAGCUGUUGAUGGCCGAGAUGCUGAAGGUCUUCGUCCGCGAAGCAGCAGCACGAGCGGCACGCCAGGCUCAAGCAGAGGAUUUGGAGAAAGUAGACAUUGAGCAUGUAGAGAAAGUGCUGCCACAGCUGCUUCUAGAUUUCUAGAGGCCUCAUGAAGCACGUGUGGCCUGCCAGCUGGAGUUCCUGACCUUACAGAGACCAUCUGGCUCAUCCUCAGAGUCUAGGUCUAGGAAGAAGUGUCACCUUUUUCUUUCUCUGCCAAUUUUGCUUCUCUCUCCUUCACCGAGCAUGACCAAGCCCGAGGCAGCGAUGCUGUCACAUGCUGUUUUCGAAAAGAGGCUGCCACAUGCUUGUUUGGGUUGGCCAAGUGUGUAACUGCCUUCCAUUACUCCUUUAACAGUAGCCCAUACUUCACAGCACGGUAAGAUGCUGUUGCCUUCUCAGCUAAUGUGAGAAACAGGUGCUGCUUCACAGAGGCAUGGAAAGAUUUAAUGUCUGGAAAUGUUGUCCAGGCUUCAGGCUCUCAUCACCUCAGCAGGCAGCUGUGGCAGAAACUUUAGGUCCAGCUCCAAGCCUGUCUAAUGAAUAGGUUGUUAACAGGAGCUUAGUCACAGGCUCUUGCCAAAAGCAGGUAACUGAUCUUUAUUUUAUAAAUAAACAGUGUCUGUCCCUCACUACCUUCCAGUAUUUCUCCAGGGCUGUGACAUCAAAGAAUGCUUGGAACCUUUUAACCAUUUGAUAUUCUCCUCAGAAGCUGCUUCCCCUCUGCUAUAAAUUUGUUCUCACAAAGAAACAUCAAUAAAUUAAAACCAAGUCUC